AUGUCCGGCCCAAUUGUCGACGGCAAGUUCCGCAUCGAUAACACUUCCCCGCCUUCCGCCAGCUCGGGCAUUCUAGCGCUCUUCUCAUUGAAAGGGAAAACAGCCAUCGUAACCGGUGCAGGUGCAGGUAUCGGUCUGGCUGUCGCCCAUGCUUUGGCAGAAGCCGGUGCCAACGUCGCCAUCUGGUUCAACCGCAACAAAGCGGCCAUUGAGCGGGCAGCGGAGAUCGAGAACAAGUAUGGCGUUAAAUGCAGAGCUUAUCAAGUCAAUGUCACGGACCCACAGGUUGUCUCUGACGCCGUGGACAGCAUUGUCAAAGAAUUUAACGGACGUCUCGAUAUUUUCGUUGCCAACUCUGGUAUCCCCUGGACCCAAGGCCCCAUGACAGAGGGUCAUCUGGACCACUACCGUAAAGUAGUCACGACAGAUAUCGACGGGGUGUUCUACAGCGCCCGCGCCGCGGCUGUGCACUGGAAGCGUCAAAAGGAAGAGGGUACCGACAUCAAUGGCAAGAAAUUGGAGAAUUUUUCGUACGGAAGUUUCAUCGCCACCGCGUCUAUGAGUGGACAUAUUGUCAAUUUCCCUCAGUUGCAGGCAGCAUAUAACGCGGCAAAGGCGGCUGUUGUUCACCUUUGCAAAUCCCUCGCUGUCGAAUGGGUGCAAUUUGCCCGUGCCAAUUCUGUCUCUCCCGGUUACAUGGCUACGGAAAUCUCCAACUUCAUCCCUUCUUCCACCAAGGAUAUCUGGAGAAGCAAGAUUCCCAUGGGUCGCGAGGGGGAGCCUCAUGAGCUUGCUGGUACAUAUCUGUAUCUUGCCUCUGAUGCCUCUAGCUACACAACUGGAGCUGAUAUCAUUGUUGAUGGUGGAUAUACCUUGCCCUGA